AUGGAGGCCUCGUCCAUGAGAUUCAAGUACGAGGAAGUCUUUGUGGGCGACGGCGCGCAGGACCAAAACAUUCGCUUAAACGAGCAUAGAGUGGAGUGUGGGAACCGUAGAACCGCGUUAUCUCAGCAUCGCAACCUUUACUUUGUUGCGUUCCUUCAUCAGAUAUAUGUGUACCAGCCCACUGUUUUCUCUGUUGGCACUACGCCUAAGCUCAUUCUUACGCCGACACUCAAGAACCCAGCGGCUGGUGGUUGUAUUUCUCCCUCUCGCCCUCAUGCUCUAAAUAAUAUUGUUGUCGGCGAUUUGGGCAACGAUGAAAUUUUACUCCUUGCAACUGACUCUGGCAACGUAUCCGCAUAUCGAACUGAGCACAUCUUCUCUGCAAUUGAGCAGUCUGCAGAUUCCAAACGCCAAAAGCCGGAGCAUCUUGGGGCCAACGUGCCAUGUUUCUUCAGUGACUGGGUUAGGGAAAGUGCCUGGGGUCUAGCCAUUCAUAAACUAGCUCGCUUGAUUGCAGUUAGUGCGAACACCGAGGAGAUAACAGUCUGGGCAUUUGCCCUUAUCGAUAGCCCGCCAAACGGCCGCAAAGCACCGCAUCCCUAUCAGCAUUCGUACCUGAAUGACUGGUCGAACAUCACAACGGACGAACAAUUCGAAAGGCUUCGCAACAUAGCUCCCCACCAUCGUCGCUGCUGCAAUCUCCGCCUUACUUUGCAGGGACACCAAAAUAAUAUUCCCUGUAUCAGUUUCCUAAAUUCUGAGUUGGAUCCUCAUGGGGAGCUGCUACUAAGUACGGAUAUCUCGAAUCGAGUAUUCGGGUGGAGAAUCUGGGAAUCCCGAACUCCAGCAGUUGGGUGGAAUUUGAAUCCUGUUCUGCGAAAUCGGGACCAUGAUUAUAUUGCUGAUUCGUAUGACCGUGGAUGGGGUGUGCUAGCUCUAGAUCCGAGAAUGUUUCGUAAAAAAUUAUCUGUUGCGGAAGCUUGCGGCGGCCAGCCAGUCUGGAUUGAUGACUGCUCCGCCUAUGAUUUGACCUCUCUCGUGGACCGUGUACCCCGUGCUUCUACAAUUUACACAGUCCUUCCGCAAAUGCAUCACAAUGCACCACAACACCCCAGUUCUGCUAAUACAGCGUCAGUUGAAUUUGGGGGUUCUGAUGAAGAAGGUAACUUCGGAGGUUAUGUCGACUUAGAACAGGUGCCGGACGGUAACGAGACCGAUGGUCCGAAUGAAAACGAAGUAUCUGCAGCUACCAAUCAGCCUAAUGGGGAGCAUAGCCAAGCUCUAGUUCCUUUUCAGACAUCUCCAGAUCCACCUGGGGUGGGAUCCAACACGGAAGCUAGUUUUGCCCCUGAGCAUGCUGGAACUGAGGUUCAGGGUCUAUAUGGUCCGGGCGAUCUUGGACAUGAUGAAAGCCUCGGCGAAACCGAAACCGAAGAUCAACCUAUGGAGGACGAUGAUGAUGACCCUUCCUUCCUUGUUGAUGCUCUUUUGGAGAGUCUUUAUGGGCCAACAGACACCUCUUCGCAAUAUGCAGAUGCAUUCCCUGAAAUGUCUAUAUAUGCUGCCGUCAACCCAAACGCAAGCGGGAUACCAUACCCUGAGUUCCCGAUUCUUCACUUCUCUGAAGCUGACAUUCGGAUGAUCCUAAGCCCGUACAGCGAAAGGGGCUCUGUCAUCUGUCGCAUGGCUCUCAGGCAGGUAUUCCAAACGUUGGGCGAUUUAUGA